AUUUAUUUCUUUAUUCUUGAACAGGUGCACUGCAUAAUUGUUCAUCACUUCCAUUGUAAAUUUUAAGCUUCAUUUCUUCUGCUGUUAUUCUCUCACUCAUCAAAUCCAUGGCAACAAAAGUUCUUUCAUCCGGAACUGUCUAUACAAACAUCCCGGAAAGUUACGUUAGGCCGGAAUCGGAACGUCCCAGGCUAACCGAAGUUUCAACAUGCGACGAUGUUCCGGUUAUUGAUUUGAGCUGCGAAAAUCACGCUCAAAUUGUUCGACAGAUCGGACAUGCAUGCUCGAAUUAUGGAUUUUUCCAGGUGGUCAAUCAUGCGGUGGCGGAUGAAGCGGUGGCGGGUAUGUUAUCGGUGGCGAAAGAAUUUUUUAAUCUACCGCUCGAGGAAAAGCUGAAACUGUACUCGGAUGAUCCGUCGAAAACUAUGAGAUUAUCGACAAGUUUUAAUAUGAAUAAGGAAAAAGUUCACAACUGGAGAGACUAUCUCAGACUCCAUUGCUAUCCUCUUGACGAGUAUGUGCCUCAAUGGCCUUCUAAUCCUCCUCAAUUCAAGAAAAUUGUGAGUAAAUAUUGUGCAGAAGUCCGGAAACUUGGAUUUCGAAUACAAGAACUAAUUUCAGAGAGCUUAGGCCUUCCAAAAGAUUACGUGAACGAGGUAUUGAGUGAGCAAGGACAACAUAUGGCUGUGAACUACUAUCCACCUUGUCCAGAGCCUGAGUUAACCUAUGGAUUGCCUGGACAUACAGAUCCUAAUUCUCUCACAAUUUUACUACAGGAUCUACAAAUAGCCGGUCUUCAAGUCCUUAAAGACGGCAAAUGGCUCGCUGUUAAACCUCACCCCAACGCUUUUGUCAUUAACAUCGGUGAUCAAUUGCAGGCAUUGAGUAACGGAAGAUAUAAGAGUAUAUGUCAUAGAGCUGUGGUGAAUGCUGAUAAAGCUAGAACAUCUGUUGCUUCAUUUUUAUGCCCAUGUGAUGAUGCAUUAAUCAGCCCCGCCAAACCUCUCAUCCAAAAUAAAUCCGGAGCGAUAUAUAAGGAUUUCACUUACGCUGAAUAUUACACAAAGUUUUGGAGCAGGAAUCUAGAUGAACAACAUUGCUUGGAACUGUUUAAGAAUUAGUACUAUGUUCAUCCUUUUUCAAUAAAUUAAUGCUCUCUUUUUGUGUACAAGGAGAGUUGGUGUUAGUCUUUGGUAAAAGCAUAUGAAAAAUGCAUCGACAAAGACAUCUAAAAAAUUCAAUGUAUAUUAGUAUAAGCUGUGUUGUUAUUGUUCAAACUUUAUUUAACGUAUUAAAUUUAUGUUCGGAUAUUAAUGUUUA